AUGACUUCUUUCGAUGAUCAAGGCUUCCCCGUUGUUCACCUUUCCAGUGAUGGCUGGUCAACUGAGGACGAAGCAACUGCCACCUGUUUCUGCGGAGCUGUGCAGCUCGUACUUCCACUGAAAAAGCCCGGUUUGCUCAAUCGUCAUGUCUGCCAUUGCACUGACUGUCGCAAGAUCGGGUCAGCCUUCUACCAAUCCAACAUCACUGUCGACGACACAUAUCUCAAGCACCUCCGUGGGGAAGACAAUCUCUCAACCUUUAGUGAGGAGAAGACCAUUCGCGCCAAUGCAACCAUGAGCAACUACUUCUGCAAGACUUGCGGUACACUCAUGUAUCGUCGUGGCGCACGUUUUCCAGGCUUGACUAUUCUGAGGACUGGUACUGUUGAUGAUCUUAGCCUUGCAGAUACGAAAUUGAGGCCGCAGGUCGAACAAUUCAUCGAGAGACGAGCUGCUUGGUCUAAACCUAUAGACGGUGCGGCACAGGUUGUUGGGAUGCACCAGCCUUCGGAUAUCGAGGGUAUCCCUUAG